AUGAAGUGUCUGUGGUUGUUUGUGCUCACUGUUCUGUGUAUAAGGUGCGAAGCCGCCGGCAACAAGCCUCGGAGAGGACGCGGCAGCAUGUGGUGGGGAAUAGCGAAGGCGGGCGAGCCUAAUAACAUUGCACCGAUGUCACCUGGAGUUCUGUACAUGGACGCGGGGGUGCAUUCCACCCUGAGGCGGAAACAGCGGCGGCUCGCCAGGGAGAACCCGGGCGUGCUGACGGCCGUCGCCAAGGGCGCCAACAUGGCGGUCACAGAGUGCCAGCACCAGUUCAAGUACAGGAGGUGGAACUGCACCACGAGGAACUUCCUGCGCGGGAAGAAUCUGUUCGGCAAAAUCGUCGACAGGGGGUGCCGCGAGACCGCGUUCAUUUACGCCAUCACGAGCGCCGGCGUGACGCACGCGGUGUCGCGCGCGUGCGCCGAGGGCUCCAUAGAGUCGUGCACCUGCGACUACUCCCACCUGGACCGCACGCCGCACCGCACCCGCGCUGCCACCGCCGCCAACGUGAGGGUGUGGAAGUGGGGCGGCUGCAGCGACAACAUCGCCUUCGGGUUCCGCUUCAGCCGCGAGUUCGUCGACACCGGCGAGCGCGGCAAGACCCUCAGGGAGAAGAUGAACCUGCACAACAACGAGGCGGGCAGAGCGGUGAGCGAAGAUAUAACCGAAUCCCCCGUAAGCGGUCCGGUGCACCCGCGAAAGUGGCCCGACGACAAAUCCGGUCCGACCUCCAUUGCGCGGCGGCCGAGGCGCGCGUGCGACAAAAAGCCGACGCAAUCAGCGGGUAAAAGUUUACAAUCGCACUCGAGCGCUGUCGCGGCACGUCGCCGCGCCGUGUUCACAUUACCAUUACGGGUGACGAUCGAUUGUCAGCCGCUUGACAUGUCGCUUAUGUCUAAAAUUAAUUAUGCGCCGGGCGGCUCGGCCCAUCGCGUGGCGACGUGCAUCGGGCACCCAUUCGUUGCGCUCGCGCAUCUCCCUCCCACCGCACACCCACAUUUGCAUACCCACUGUCCGCUCUUGCCUAAAACCCAUCAGAAAGGGUCGCCGGGCGCCUUGAGCCACCCAGGCGCGUCAUUAACCGGCGCGCUCAAUUCCCGUCACGACGGACGCUCUGGGUGUCCCGCGCGA